GAAAAACCCUAAUUACCUCAGCCAUCCAAGUAUAUAAAUACUACAACGAGGAUUUACCAGCAAUUUUGAACCUCCAUCUUUAAUUCGCUCAUGGGAAAGGGAACCGGAAGUUUUGGUAAGCGAAGGAACAAAACUCACACACUGUGUGUGAGAUGCGGCCGCCGCAGCUUCCACAUCCAGAAGAGCCGUUGCUCCGCCUGUGCUUACCCCGCCGCACGCAUAAGGAAAUAUAACUGGAGUGUCAAGGCUAUACGAAGAAAGACCACUGGAACUGGUCGUAUGAGAUAUCUCCGUCAUGUAGCUGUUAGGUUCAAGAGCAACUUCAGAGAAGGCACUCAAGCACCUCCAAGAAAGAAGGGCGCAGCUGCUGCCUCCUAAGGUUUUGAAGGAAAUCCCGAGUUUUUUUAGCAUCUAUGUAUCUUUAUUUUUGUGAGAGAAUCGAGUUUUGGUUUAUACAGUGUUGGUUAUCAACCAGUGAAGAUACUUCGGUUAUCAGUAUGCUUUUGGGUGAUGAUUGAGGUCUCAAUGCAAUCACAAAUUGAUUACAACGGAAAAUGUUUGUGUUUUCUAAUGGAUGAUCAAGAGUGUCAUCACAUUAAUUUCACUCUAUUUCAGCCACAUUAUUUUCUAAGAAUGCA